AUGAGGACGCCCUCAAAGCUUGCUGGGCGACCGUGCGAAGUAGCAGAGCUGCUCGAUUCCGAUGUGGCGAAACUGUCAGAUGUAGGAUCUCUUGCCUCAGGCGUAGUGGAGAACGCCAUGCGUAUGAGUUCAUCGCAUCUAGCAACUUUUCUGUGGGCAGCAGCAAAGCUGCAAGGUUUGGCGCCAGAAGUUUCUACAGCUGUAGCAGCCGUUGCUGAGACAAUCCGGAGCAAGGUGAAAGACAUGCAGCCACAAGAUCUGUCAAACUGUCUCGGGGCCGUUGCCAACUUGCGGAGUGUGGAACCAGCCGUCCUAGCUGCGCUGCCAUCGCUUGUCAAUUGUGUGGCACGGUCUUCGGGAAGGCUGAACGCUUCGCAAACAGCGAAUUGCAUGUGGGCAGUAUCAAUCUUGCAAGACGCGAUGCCAGAUGUAUUAUUGACAGCUGCAGCAGCUAUUGCAGAACACAUUCCUGAAAAAGUGGACGGCAUGCAGCCUCAAGAACUGUCGAACUGUUUCUAUGCAAUUGCAAAAUCAGAAGGAGCUGUCCCCAACGUCUCUGAGGCAAUAUCUGCAAUUGCAUCCAGUAUAGCAAAACAGUCAGAUGGGCUGAGCCCGUCGCAUCUAGCAACCUGUCUGUGGGCAGCAGCAAAGCUGCAAGGUUUGGCGCCAGAAGUUUCUACAGCUGUAGCAGCCGUUGCUGAGAGCAUCCCCAGCAAGGUGAAAGACAUGCAGCCACAAGAUCUGUCAAAUUGUCUCUGGGCCGUUGCCAAGUUUGUGUGUGUCAUUGCAGCGCAGGUGGCGAGGAAAGCAGGAAGCCUCAGCUCAGCUGACUGUGGAAAUUGUUUAUGGUCGGCAGUGAAACUGCAAGCAGCAGCGCCAGUAGAGAUUGCAGCGGCUGUGGCAGCCGUUGCAGGGAACAUACCGAACAAAGUCGAGGGCAUGAUGCGCCAAGAUCUCACGAACAGCUUCUGGGCUGCUGCAAAGUUGAUGAACACGGAGGUGGCUGUCUUGCCUGCCGUUCCAACUCUGGCCGUGCAAGUAGCACGCGUCGCAAGAAAAAUGAGUCCUUCACAGACGGUUACUUGCUUAUGGGCUGCGUCGAUGUUGCAGGAUGCAGCCGCAGACGUGCUGGCAGCUGUGCACGACCUUGCCCAGAGCAUGGCUGAUAAGGUGGGCCGCUUGACCCAUCAACAGCUGUCGCUGAGCCUUUGGGCAGCUUCCCGGCUCCAGGACUCAGCGCCACAAGUCGCUUGCAUGGUGCCAGCACUGGCAACGCGGAUGCUGUCGGAGACGGCCGGUCUUCGAAUGCCGGACUUGCGGAACGCUCUUCAUGCAGCUGUUCGCCUUGACGAACUGGACUUAGAAACUGCAUUGCUUGGGGAGCUGUUCCGGCGUGGGUGA